AUACUACCCAAUAAAAGAAGUAAAAGGUAGAUCUAGGUAAAAUCAUGACCAUCAUUACCUUAAUAAACUAACCUAAUGUUCCCUCUCUAUCAGUUCAAAUCUUCCUAGUCCAGUCAGGCCGGAACUUUUGGACACAUUUCAUCUACUUUAAUCUCUGGACAUAAUCAUCAUUUGCUCCGAGCCCACUGCCUAUUUGCAUAAAUGAAUUUUUUUGAGAGCUCAUACUCUGGUUCAAAUGUGUAAGAAUGCAAAGAUCCAGAGGAGUGAUCAAGAAGCAGAACAAGCUUCAGAGUAGAGGAUGCAAGGCAUUUUGCUGUAGUUGUAGGCUUAGUGUGUCUUCAUCGGAAGAAGCUGAAAGCUCAAAUAGUUCGGAAAGAUUUCCUACUAUUUCAAGAAUUGCCCACACCAUGGUGCAAGAAAGGCUGGAUCAGAUGAUCAGAGAAAGACAGGAAGCGAGGAUUGAGGAGAGGAUGAGACGGUCUAGACGUGAAGAGACCAAGUUUGUUGUGAUGGUGGCUAUGGAGAAGUCCUCAUAUGAUCCUAGAGAGGAUUUCAGAGAGUCAAUGGAGGAGAUGAUAGUUGCAAACAGGAUUCAUGAGGCCAAGGAUUUGAGGCGGCUCUUGAAUUAUUACGUGACAAUGAACGCAGAGGAGUUUCAUGGUAUCAUUCUUGAGGUAUUCCAUGAUGUAUGUAUUGAUCUAUUUCUGUAUUGUAAAUGACGUUUAUGUCAUAGCAAUUCUUCUUUUCUUAUGAGAUAUUCUUGAG